AUGGAUCUCAUAGAUCUUUAUCAUGCCCACGAUCAUCAAGUAGCAACCAACGACGGCGAUCUGCUUGACGAGAAGCCAGUGGAAAAUGGUAUGAUAGACGUGCCAAAGGAGUCGCAGAAAAUGAAGAAACCACGAUUUGUCCCAUGGGAACCAUACAAAGCCGCGCCUAGCGCUGAUAGGAAAGGUGAACCACCACAAAAUUUGCCGCAGUUAAUUCCUUAUGGAGGAAGUGUGCUUGACGAGAACUCUAAUAAAAAUGCUGAGCGUAUUCUGGUAGAUGCACGCAAAUAUCGAGCAGAACUCGAGGAAAAUUGUCAGUCCGAGCAGGUAAUAUUUCAUGUUUAUUAUGUUAAGCAUUGUGCCAUAUCAUUUCCUUAUGAGGAUGUGUAA